CCACAUUCUGCAGCGCUUGGUAUAGAUCUUUUUUUAUCCAAUCCAUGUGUUUGUGAAUAAGACUUCACUAAGAAGGGUUAACCCAGGAACGUGAUGGGACCUCUGCUACUUAAAUUGCUUUUGCACGGUGUUCUGCUGUUUGAUACUUUGGCAUGGUAUGUGAGUAUGCCAUCGGAAAUUCACGGCCUCAGAGGUUCUUGUCUGGUCAUACCAUGUUCUUUCUACUACACAUCAUACCCACCCAAAGACCCACAUAGGGUUGUGUGGUAUCAGUGGGUCUCUAGAGGUUAUCCUUUAGUUUAUGAUCCAUGGUAUCCAAGUGAUGUCAUUGAGAAGUUCAGAUGGAAAACUGAUUUAUAUGGUGAUCCAUCAAACAGGGAUUGCAGUCUGUUGAUUAAAAACCUAGACCUGUCUCACCAUGGAGAGAAAUUAUAUGCAUGGAUUGACCCUGAAAAUGUUGGAUGGCGCACCUACGCAUUUUAUGAUGUCACCUCAACUAUUUUUGUUGACACACAGCCACAGCAGCCCAGCAUUUAUAUUUAUGGAGGUGAAAGGACGGGUGACACAGUCACAGUAGCAUGUUCAGCUUUCCACACGUGUCCAAACAGCAAACCAACAAUAACUCUGAAUGGUGUAGAAGGAUCUGACAAAAUCAGCGAUGAGUCUAUUAAAAACAAUCUGUGGAAAAGAACUCUGACACGCACAGGUGUCAUAAUGACAGAGCACUCGACUAUUAAGUGUUCAGUAACACAUUAUGGUGGUAUAACAGUGACCGCUACAGAGGACAAAAAUGCAGAAUGUGUUCAUUAUAAAAUAACGAUUGAGCCUGAACUGGCAGAUGUCACAGAGGGCAUCGCAAAAAACUUCAUUUGUAGCGUCCAUCAUUCCUGCCAGAAAGAGAAUCCAACCAUCACAUGGAAUUAUGAGAACAUGCAGGUCACGACGAGGAACAAAAAACUCUCUGGUGUAAAUCAGAUCAGCUAUUCCAAUAUAACCUUUCUGGCUGCAAAAGAGGACAAUAGAAGUCAACUGAUUUGCACCGUAAAAUUUUCAAAAGCAAACUUUAACACAUCUGUUGUUUUACGUGUACAACAGUAUCAAAAACCAGCCAGUCCAAUGCAGAAUGAAACCUAUUUCCGACAUGUGGCAGAAGUGAUACCCAAGAUCACUACACUGCAUCGUUCAUGUGUGGUAAUACCGUGCAGUUUCAAGAUGGAGGAAUAUGUCACUCGUCUUCGGGUUCUUUGGGUCACUGAAAGAGGUGGCUACAUGUUCCACACCGACCCAGUCGAUGUCUUGGACAACUUCAAAGGACGCACAAGGCUCCUCGGAAACCCAAAUGAACAUAACUGUACUGUGGAGAUGGAUAAUGUGCAAUAUCAUGACAACGGGCCAUUCUGCGUCCAAGCAGAAAGAGAAAAUGAGAGAUACAGCUUCAACAACAGCUGUGUGUUCCUAAUAAUCCGGGCAUCUCCUGACAAACCUGUGAUGUCAUCCCUCCCUGAAGAGAUCGAGCCCGGGACACGAGUCCCCAUCAAAUGCUCAGUCAACCACACAUGCUCCUCUCACCCUCCCCAAAUCAUCUGGAGCGUCCCAACAACCCGAGAAACUAUCAGCCACCGUCACAUGGGUGGAGGCAUCUGGGAAACAGUGUCCUCUGUGACCUUUAUUCCAACUGGAUAUGAAGAGAAAGAUGAAAUUGUCUGCACUGCCAACUUUUGGGGCGGUAUAACACAGGAAAACACUGGCUUCCUCAGUAUUAGACGAGUUCAAGGGGUUGGAAUUGGGCCUUAUGUUAUUGGAACGUCACUUGUGUUCAUCCUAAUUUGCAUAUUUGCUGGAGUCUUCAUUUAUAAGAGACAACACAAACGGCCUCAUCAGGAUAUGCAAGGUUCACGAACACGAUCUGAGCCAAGGAGAUCAAUGUGGAACAGAUUCUCAAGUCGUUUUAGUAUGCCUGAAGGGAGAGCACCUUGGAUUAACAGGGGAAACAGGAGUGAUACCAGGUACACUGGAGAUGCUCCAGGAAGACCACCAAAGCCAGAGCAAAGACGGAGCAUCUGGAGCCGAUUUUCUAGACACCAAUCACCCAGAACCAAUACAAAUCUGAGAGCAGAAUACAAGGCAAACAACACACAUGCAGUGUCAGGAAACAAGCCUUUCUCCAAACCUCAUAUGCCAUCACCAAAGAGUGAGCCAAAAACCUACCAUGGUCAUGAUUAUGAUGAUGGUUUCACCAACCUAUAUGGAAAUGUCUUAUGAAAAUGUUACAUCAGGGCUGUACAUGUGCUCUGACAGGUGGAUGACAUGUCCAGAUUGCAUAAUUUCCUCAUCCUGUUUCCACUGUUCAACAUUGUUUAAACACAAAAAAAUAUUCUGAAAUUAAAAAACAGAAAAAGUCUUUUUAUUGACUUUAAAAUACUUGUAUGUCUUAACCACUAAACAGCUUGAUUGCUAAAUAAAUAAAUAAAUAAAAAUAAUAAAUAAAUAAAUAGAUAAAUUAAAAAUCUUGAGCACUUAAUCAGUCAAACUUUGAAUAAAAUAACUUUUCGGUAAAAUGGCCAGAAAGUAUAAAAUAACCUUUGUUACUUAACUUUUCCAAAAUACACAAUUUUCAAAGUUUGGAUACAUUUAUUUUUCAAAUUAAAUAAAUUCAUUGAAUUACUUAAGAAUAUGGAAUUCUAAAUACCACAAGAGAGUCCCAAAAUAGCCAAAAAAACUAGAGAUGUAACAAUCUUAAUUUUUUAUAUUUAUUUUGCCCAAGCGUCAUUUCAUGUUGAUUAUGUGCAGAUAUAGUCCUGAUCUGAUGUUUGUAUUUUCGUAGGGUUGCCUGAUAACAGCUUUGUAAUUUCAGGGCAUUUAGUGGUAAUGUAAUGUCUUUUUGAUAAAAUGUGUUAUUAUUUUUUUCAUUUGACAUUUGAAAACUCAUGUCUGAGGAAUCAGUGAUGAAUUAUUGUGUUUAACUGUAUUGUGAACAGAGUAUUGAUUUUUUUUUUUUUUUUUUUUGUAAAUACUUUGUGCCUCAUUUGAAAACAAGGCAGCAAACUUUUUGUAUCAUUAAAAUCAAAUGUUAUUGUUUUUGUGUAAGAAUCUUCAGUGUGUUCAUAAGCGACUAACACAAUGUUCAUUUAUUUCUAAAUGUUUCACUACAUUUCUCCAGCUUGUGGUUCUAUAAAUGAAUGCUCAUCGGAGCAGUUGUAGGAGGUGGUUAUCACACAUUCAUCUGUAGAAAGAUAGCUAUGAUUAAAUGUCAAACUGCAUUAUUUACAUUUUUCAGUUCCUCGUUUUGAUUUAGAAAGUCUGUUUGGAGUAGAUUAAAGUACCCACACACUGCCUUGUCAGUUUGUUAAGGGCAUUGUCUUGCUUGUGUCAUACGCAAGAAAAGGCUUUCUAUGUGAGCCUGGUAUCUGCUUCUAGUCUGAAAAACAAAUAAAUAAAUAAAUAUUAAACACCG